AAUCACACACCUGUUCUACUGAAAUUGAAUCGAAAAUGAAACUACAUGUAUACCCGUCCCAAAAUUGAAUAUGAAGCCUUCAGAAAUCUUCUACAGUCAAGACUCCAUCAAAGAAAAGUUUGAUAAUGGUCAUACAAUAUAUUCUACUGUGAGCGUGUGCAAAAAGCACCCUUAUGUCAUCAACAAAAUUCCCAGGAUGAGAGUUUGUAAGAAAGACGGAAAAUGGUACACCCUGGAUAAUCGUCGUCUCUGGGUCUUUAGGAAACUAGAAGCAGACGGUCAUAUCAAGGAUGUUAAAGUCAACCAGGUUAGCAAGGAUCGUCUGCCAGCGGAGAAGUUCACCACUGAAAAUGGAGGUGAAAGCGUGGAGAUCAGACGUGCUUUUGUUGAUAUCUUUGAUUUGGAUUCAGAUGAGGACGAAUCUGAUGAAGAUUAUUUCUUUUGAGAGGUUAUCAACAGUGGUUUGGAUGGCCUAAUCUUUCCGUGUUAUUAUUUUUUAAAACUUUCAUUAUGAUUUUAUUGCUGUAAUUCUGUAUAUUUUAGUGUCAUGUGAUUGAUCGACUUUGCCGACUUAUUCCCUUGUCUUUGACUAUUUGGAACAUGGAUCUUUACAAUGUGUUUAAUUGUCGAAGAUAAAUGAACCAAAUAAAGAAUUAUCUGUUAUGCUUUGGAUUUUGCAAUGCAUAUCAUUAACUGGCUGAUGAUACCUGCACUCAUUAGAAUCGAUAUAGGACCCAUUAGAUUCGAUAUUUAUAUAAAUGGGAUAUCUAUAGUUAAUAUUUCUUAUAAAAAAUAUAUAUUAAAGAUUUGGGGAACAAAUUGCAAAUGUGAAACAGAAUAUACCAUGAACUUUUGUCUAUUACAAACAGUUAGAUCUAUAUACUUUCGUUUUAUAUGUUUAAACAAAACUUUCUGUGAUAUUUAACGCUGUUUUCUAAAAUAAAUUUUAAACUUAA